AAAAAUCGUUUUGUUUGUGGCCCCUUUCCCUUCAGAAUUUUUGGUUUCACGUUUCGUCCUAUGAGUUGUUUGAGUUCUAUCUGAUGAUCGAUGAGGAUAUUGUCGCUCUAACAGAAGAGAUGGCCGCAUUCGAUUCUGAACGCCAUCAGCGUUGGCGGAGUCAGGUUGUUCUCGGACCUCUGACUGACGAUUUCCUUCGUGUCACACCACCUGCCCCGCAACCCACUAGUCAAGCACAAACUGUGUCUGCUCCUCCACCUCAACAGUUUGUUGCCCUUGCUCCAUCGCAACUUCCACCAACAUACGGCCAUCAGUAUGCCGCCCAAGCAGCCGGUAUCGGUGUUCUGGAUAUUACCGUCAACCAGGCUCGUCUCACUAAGAACUAUGGCAUUACACGGAUGGAUCCUUUCUGUCGCGUGCGAGUGGGCCAUUCUGUAAUGGAAACACCAACUGCCUCGAAUGCUGGCAAAACGCCACGAUGGAACAAGCUUCUACGCUGUAAUGUACCAUCUGGCAUUAAUUCUAUGUAUGUGGAGAUAUUUGAUGAGCGUGCGUUCGGUACGGAGGACAGAAUUGCAUGGUGCCACAUCACCUUGCCUGACAGCCUGCUGAACGAGUCUCAAAUUGCGGACGAGUGGUACCCACUGAAUGGCAAGCAGGGUGAGGGUAAGGAGGGCGUUGUGAACGUGAUCAUGUCCUUCACGCCAGUCCAGCAGCCGCUGAUGCAGCCUCAGCAGCCCGUCAUGAUCGGUGGGUACGGUCAGCCAGCAAUGAUGAUCCCGGGAGCGCAGAUGCCGGUCAUGCAGCAACCGCAGCAGCAGCAGGUCAUGAGCCAGCCAGGAGCACACCAGCAGCAGCAACCCGGUGUUCUCUCUAAUCCCGCUGGCGUGCAGUCGGUGAGUGAGAACGACGUGCAGAGCUUAGUGGACAUGUUUCCGGCCAUGCCGCGCGACACUGUGCGGUCGAUCCUGGAGAACUGCGGCGGCCAUAUGGAGAGAGCGGUCGACACACUGGUAUCCAUGGGAUGAACUGAAGGAGUACUGCAUCGGCGUGCUAAGUGCACCGGGUUGCUUGACUUGCACGCUAACUAUGUUGUGCCUCACCACGCCUUAUGUUUUGCAGCAGCAUUUCACAUCUCUCUUUUAUCUUCAUGGGUUUGCCAGCUGCAAAAAUUACUUUUGUGUUCAUAUUGUUACGCCAUGGCUAGCAUUACUGUCAAUUUAGUGCACGCAUACUUAUAGUAGGGGAGCUAACGUAUAAUUUGACACUCAAAGAGUAUGUUGAAUAUUUUUUUACCUCGCUAUCAGUUGCCAUCUCCUGAUGUGCACACUCCCUUUCCUCACUCUGCAUGCUGUCUUCCUUGCUGAGACUUUAUUUUAUUUUAAAACUGUGUUCCAAGUCCUCUUCUGCCGCAUAACCGGCUUCCCACCAUGUGUUGUGAUCAGUUUCACGUCCUGUUUCCAAGCCUCUGCUUUACUGUUUUGCUGAUAUCACUUGAAGAAUUUUACACGCACAUUUUUGCCUAUUCCUCCAGUUCCUUAGUUUCCUCAUUUCUUUUUAGCAUUUUCGUGUUUUUGCUCUGUAAUUGUCACUAUCAACUGCA